UCGUCAAGUCUUGUACUCUUGUUAGCUCGAGAUCCAGACUCGAGAGCGCGAGCGAGACUUUUCUUUCCAUCCGCAGGAGAUCCCGACGAGAAGACGAAGGCGAAGCCGGCGGCGCAACCGAAGCCCCUCAUGGCCCGCUCGUCCUCGCACCAGUCCUCCGUCGGCGGCGCCGGCGCCGCCGGAUCCCGCCCGGCCACCGCCGGGCCCCGCGGCACGCCCGCCGCCACGGCCGGCAUGCGACGCCGACCCGGCCGCACCUCCUCCUCCGCGUCCGGUGGCGGAGGCUUCUCCGGCGGUGGAGGGAACAACAUGCUGCGCUUCUACACCGACGAGGCCCCGGGGCUGCGCCUCUCCCCGACCAUGGUGCUCGUCAUGUCCGUCUGCUUCAUCGGCUUCGUCACCGCCCUCCACGUCUUCGGCAAGCUCUACCGCUCCCGCACCGCCGCCUCCGCGUCCGCCUGAUCAAUCCGGUUCCUGCUCCUGUUUCGUCUUCGUCUCAGAUCAGAUCAGAUGGUUUUGGUGUGUAACAAAGAGGCUGUGGUUGCUACCUGACGAGUUAGAUCUGCCGAAGUACCCUACAUGUUUAAUUAUGGUGCCCUUUCUGUUUCCAUUUACCUUGUUGUUGCGAUGAAUUGUGGCUAAUCACUUGUGCUUGUCAAUUGAAAUCAUCAGAAGUGUGUGCUUCU